UCCACCCUCUCUCAACUUCUUCUCUCUGCGUGUGUUUGGAUGUCAUAUGCUGAGCUUGCGUCCGGCGGGCGCGCCGGCGGGCGCGGUGGGACCGGGUUCGACGCCCUCGGCGGGCAGGGCGACGCUGACGCCGAGUACAUCCGGCUGACGCAGCAGGUGACUGACGCGCUGGGUGAGAUGCUGGCCAAUGUGUCGCGGAUGUCGGGCCUGGUUUCCAAGCUUGGCGGGCCCAAGGACUCGCCGCGGCUCCGCGAUACCCUCGCUGAGCUUUCGGAGACGACGCGGCUGCUCGCGCGGCGGACCGGGCGUGAGAUCCGGAUCAUCGGAACGCUCGACGGCGGCUCGCCCAAUGAGGUGCGCCAGCGCAAGAUGCAGCAAAACAAGCUGAAGAAGGACUUUGAGGCCGCGCUGACCUCGUUUAAGGAGAUCGAGAACGUCAAGAUGCAGAAGGAGAAGGCCUUUGUCCGCAAGGCCCGCGCCUCCAUCUCGGCAAAGUCCAACCCGUAUGCCGGGCACGACGGGCCUUCAGAUGCCACUGCCCUGCUUGCUGCCCAGGCCCAGUCCCAGGAGCAGCUCCGCCUCAACUCGCUUGAAAACGAGAUCGACUUUAACGACGAGAUCAUUGCCGAGCGCGAGUCGGAGAUCCGCGAGAUCGAGGAGACCAUUGGCGAGGUCAACGAGAUCUUCCGCGACCUUGCAGAAAUUGUCAACGAGCAGGGCGAGAUGCUCGGCGAGAUCGACAACAACAUCGAGUCGACCGUCUCCCACACUGACGGCGCCGCCACCCAGCUCCGCAUCGCUAACGACUACCACAAAUCUGCCCGCAACAAGCAGUUUUGCUGCUACGGCAUCAUCGCUCUCAUCUGUAUCGCUGUUGUCGUCGCUCUCUCUGUCGGUCUCAAGAAGUAAAUCCCCCCCUCCCCCUUGCG